GAUGAUGAUGAUGAUGAUGAUGAUGAUGAUGAUGAUGAUGAUGAUGAUGAUGAUAAUCCGUAUGAUGAUGAUAAUUGGGAUGAUGAUUCUCAUUCUGAUGUUGAUGAUGAUGAAGAUGAUGAUGAUGAUUAUGAUUAUGAUGAUGAUCACAAUGAUCAUGAUGACGAUGAUGAUGAUAAUGAUGAUUGGGUUUAUGAUGAUGAUGAUGAUGAUGAUGAUCGAGAUGAGAAUGAUGACGAUGACUAUAAUGAUGAUGAUGAUUAUGAUGAUGAUGAUGAUUUGAUGAUGAUGAUGUUGAAUCGGAUGAUGAUGAUGAUGAUGAUGAUUAUGAUGAUGAUUCUGAUGAUGACGAUGAUGAUGAUGACGAUGAUGUUCUUGAUGUUGAUGAAUGGGAUGCUGACUUUGAUUCGGAAGAUGAUGAUGAUGAUGAUGAUGAUGAUGAUGAUGAUGAUGAUGAUGAUGUGA